GGCCAGUUGGCAUAUACGGGAGGGGCAUAUCUCCCUUUAGAAAGAUUGCUCUGGUUCCUGUGGGGAAGCUCCCUCUGCAGGAAGAGAAAGACAUGCCCUGGAAAUUGACACGACUCCUGCUGUUUCUGGCCUGCAUGGCCUACAAGUGCAGUGCCCGGGCCAGGACAGACUUGCUCAAUGUCUGUAUGGAUGCCAAGCACCACAAGGUAAAGCCAGGCCCUGAAGACAAGCUACACGACCAGUGCAUUCCCUGGAAGAAGAACGCCUGCUGCUCUGCAGAUGUCAGCCAAGAGCUGCACAGGGACACCUCCUCCCUGUAUAACUUUACCUGGGACCACUGUGGCAAGAUGGAGCCCGCCUGCAAGCGCCACUUCAUUCAGGACAACUGUCUGUAUGAGUGCUCACCCAACCUGGGGCCCUGGAUCCAGGAGGUGAACCAGAGUUGGCGCAAAGAACGGUUCCUGAAUGUGCCCCUGUGCAAAGAGGACUGUCAGAGCUGGUGGGAAGACUGCCGUACCUCCCACACCUGCAAGACUAACUGGCAAAAGGGUUGGGACUGGACCUCAGGAUCUAAUAAGUGUCCAGCUGGGACCACCUGCAACACAUUUCAGUUCUACUUCCCCACGCCUGCAGCCCUGUGUGAGGGCCUCUGGAAUCACUCCUACAAGCUCAGCAACUAUGGCCGGGGCAGUGGCCGCUGCAUCCAGAUGUGGUUCGACCCCACCCAGGGCAACCCCAAUGAGGAGGUGGCGAGGUUCUAUGCCUUGGCCAUGGGUGCUGGGGCCAUGCCUCAGGGUAUUACUCCUCUCCUGCUCUCCCUGGCCCUGAUGCUGCCACUCUGGCUCCACGAUUGAGUCCAGCCAUCCCCAGAGAGUCCCCAGGUUUGAUGACCAGGCUGGGCUCAGCUCAGCUCCCACAAAUGAGGGAGCCGUACGCAUGCCUCCAUCCAUCACCCAUCCCUCUGUCAUCCAGUUCCUGCUCCAUGGUGGGGUUUCUCUGACAGCCAGUUCUAAUAAAUAGACCAACACAUCCAUAUCUGAUGAAUUAUUUUGGUUGUGAGUUUGUGGGUGGUAGAGGGCAGAUUCCAUAGUUUUUGGAUUCCUUCAGUUUAGAGAAAUGAGACAUGGGUUUGAAUUCCAGCUUUGGUACUCACUAUGUGAAAGU